AUGCUGGCCCUCCUGCCCCGCGGAGGCAUCGCUGCGACCCUCCGUCGCGCCGCCAACUGGCAACCGCGGAAAGCAGGCGUCGAUGAUGAUUCUGAUACAGAAACAUCAAAUGACUUGCCAAAAUUUACAGAUGGAAUCAAGGCCCGAAACAGAAAUCAGAACUACCUGGUUCCCAGUCCUGUGCUUAGAAUCCUAGAGCACUCUGCAUUUUCUACAGAAAAAUCUGCUGAUAUUGAAAUUUGUGAUGAGGAGUGUGACUCACUUGAAUCAGUCAACCAGCAAACUCAGGAGGAGAGUCCUAUAGAAGUUCACACUGCUGAAGAUGUUCCAAUUGCUGCAGAAGUGCAUGCCAUUUCUGAAGAUUAUGACAUAGAGACAGAAAACAAUUCUUCUGAGAGUCUCCAAGACCAAAUUGAUGAGAAUCCACCAGCUAAACUUUGCAAAAUUCUUGACAAGAACCAAGCUUUGAAUGUAACUGCCCAGCAGAAAUGGCCUUUACUGAGAGCUAAUAGCAGUGGCCUCUAUAAAUGUGAACUCUGUGAGUUCAACAGCAAGUAUUUUUCUGAUUUAAAGCAGCAUAUGAUCCUGAAGCAUAAGCGAACUGAUUCAAAUGUGUGUCGAGUAUGCAAGGAAAGUUUCUCUACCAACAUGCUUCUAAUCGAACAUGCCAAAUUGCAUGAAGAGGAUACCUACAUUUGUAAAUACUGCGAUUAUAAGACAGUAAUUUUUGAGAACCUCAGCCAGCACAUUGCAGACACUCAUUUUAGUGAUCACCUUUAUUGGUGUGAACAGUGUGAUGUACAGUUCUCCUCAAGCAGUGAACUCUACCUACAUUUCCAGGAACACAGCUGUGAUGAACAGUACUUGUGUCAGUUCUGUGAACAUGAAACAAAUGAUCCAGAAGACUUGCAUAGCCAUGUGGUAAAUGAACAUGCAUGUAAAUUAAUAGAAUUAAGUGAUAAGUAUAACAAUGGAGAACAUGGACAGUACAGCCUCUUAAGCAAAAUUACCUUUGACAAAUGUAAAAAUUUCUUUGUAUGUCAAGUAUGUGGUUUUCGGAGUAGACUUCAUACAAAUGUUAACAGGCAUGUUGCUAUUGAACAUACUAAGAUUUUUCCUCAUGUUUGUGAUGACUGUGGCAAAGGUUUUUCAAGUAUGCUAGAAUAUUGUAAACAUUUAAAUUCACAUUUAUCUGAAGGGAUUUACUUAUGCCAGUACUGUGAAUAUUCAACAGGACAGAUUGAAGAUCUUAAAAUUCAUCUAGAUUUCAAACAUUCAGCUGACUUACCUCAUAAAUGCAAUGACUGCUUGAUGAGGUUUGGAAAUGAAAGGGAAUUAAUAAGUCAUCUUCCAGUCCAUGAGACAACUUGAUUAUUCUCUUUAAAUGACAUAAUGUAAAGUAAUAAAUUCAACUUCUUUUGGAGAUGUUAAAAUUGAUGAUUUUAAGCACAACUUAUGGGAAUUGCCUUUAAUAAGAUUUUUCAAAUUGUCCAAUUUUCUUGACAUUGCUACAUUUUUCAGUAUGUAAUUGUAUCUUAAAUGUGGUAUUUUCAAUGUAUAGUAGUUCAUAGUUUAACCACUCUUGGUGACUAGGAUCCUGUUUCUUGCGUGUGCUCUGAUUUCAUGAAUUGGUAAGAAACAGAUGUAUUAAAGAAGCUAGACUAGUUUUCCUUCUGGAACCAUAGGGGCUAUUAACUUUAGUUUUUAAACUCAAACUCAGUUUUUCAGGUGGCAUUAAAGUACUGCACUAUCAGAACUAAAAUGCAACAUAAUAUACAAUUAAGUCCACUGAUACUCCCAUUAAUAAGAACCCAUACCCUUUUUUUUACAUUCUCCAUCAGUAAUUCUCCCCAAGGCAAUGAUUUCUUUUAAUAACACUAGGAGGCCAGUGUUAUAGUAGGAAAGAAAGAUCUGGUUUUCUUGGUAGUUUUUUUUUUCUUUUAACUUUAUUUUAGCCCCUAUGUGUUAAGUAAUUUAAGAUGGGAGGAUAAGAAGAACUGGUAAGCAUUUAGAACAAUUACAAAAGUAACAUUUCAAAACUCAUAACUUGUUCACAUUUCAUUUGCAAUUAUGCAACUGCAAAGUCAUGCCCAAACUUCUGAUGUCAAAUCAUAUUGACUGAGAAAACCCACCUAAGUAUUAAUAUAGAAUUAGGUAGUUCUGGGAGAUAAGGAGUUGUUGACUGAUUAUGUAUAAAUUACUUUUGAUAAUGGUAAAAUAAUCUUAGCUCUUAUAUUAGAUUCUUAUGACUGCUGUAAGAAAUUGCCACAAACUGAAAACAAUAAAUUUGUUUCUCAGUUCUAGACCCUAAAAGUUUGAAUUAGAAUGUUGGCAUAGGUUGUACUUCCUGAGGGCUAUAGAUUUGUAUCCAGCAUUUCUUGUCGGCUUAUCGUUGGCCACCUCCAUGUUCACAUGGUAUUUCUCUCCAUAUGUGAGUAUGUCUCCAGAUUUCCCCUUUUGCAAGGAUACCAGUCACUGGGGUAGGGCUUACCCUAAAGACCCUAUCCUCAAAUAAGGUCAUACUUUGAAGUACUGGGGUCCAGGACUUAACAUAUGGGGAUAGGCGAGGAGACAUACAACAACUGCAAUUUAAUAGCAGAUUCUUAAAUAGUAUCAAGAAGAUAGAAUUUUGUAUAUCAUUGAUGGCCUCAAAUUUAAAACUGCUGCUAACAAUGUUGUUGUUCAAGAAUACUGAUAUAGUUAAACAGACCAAUUUAUGACAUAGUUUUCCCACUGCAACAACCAUGGGAAUUUAAGUAUUUUGAGAAAAGUUGCAACAACAUUUUCAAAGCCAUUUUUAUCUCUACUGUUUCUCAUAUAUGCAUAUCUAUUCCUGGAAACUACCUUUCCAUCUGAUUGUAACAUUCCAAAUGGGGCUGUCUGAUACAAAUAUGUCUUAGAAGACUUAGAAUUGUAGUUUAAAUUGGAAGAGAACUUCAGAAACUAUCUGGUCUAAACUCUAGUUCUGUAAGUUGUGGAAGUAGAAACUCACAUCACGAGGCCAGGGUCACAAAACCAGUUGCUGCUGACAGGAAUGGAAUCCAAAUUCCCUGGCUUCCAGUCUAGUGAUGAUACCACUGCAUGUUACAUAAAAAUCACCUCUGUUACACCAUGUCACAUAAAAGUCCAAGCUUUGUCCUUGGGUGUUUUUCGUGACUACUUAACCUAGCCAUUCAACUGCCUUCUUUAAAUUCUGCUUUUAUACUUUCUUGAUACACAUCCAGCUCCAGGAAUUUCAUCUUCAGGAAACAAACCUUAAAUAAGUAUUGCCUUGGUGUUUUUUAAAAUUCUGUAUUUUAUUGCUUUACAUUUGAUCAGGUGUUAGUAAUCAAAGAGAUUAUAAUGAAUACUCAGAUGCAAAAUUGAAGUUCUAGAACCAUAUAAUUUUAUAUUUUUUGAGGCCACAUCCCAUUGACAGUUAACUUUCUGCUUUGACUCAGCUUUUGAGUUGGUCUAUGACUGACCAUAAAUUGCUGAGGUAGCUGAUUGAUAUUUUUAGCUUAAUAACUUCUUUGGAAAAACAAACCCACCUAAAGAAAAUUUCUAACUGCAUCUGUUUUUUUCCUCCUCAGACACAGGUAUUUUCACUGUGACUUGAAACACAAUUCAAGUCCGAGAAUACCGAUAAGGGUGUUUAUUAUUAGCACUACAAUAGAAUUCUUGGUAGCAGUGAACAGUAGUGUGUUUUUUUUUCCUUGUCUUCACCUUUCAAGGAGUUAUUACUUUUGAAAUUCCAAAGCAUUUCCCCUGUACUCCAAAGUCUGAAAGUGAUUAUACACUACUCAAAAGUCUCUCCUCUUCCCUGCUUAUAUAUUUGCCAGUUGCAGCAUAAAAUCGCCUUUCUUCGAUUUCUCUGAAUGUAUAUAGAAUUAGGAAGUUCUGGGAGAUAAGUGAUGACUUUUACAGUCAGUAGCCUUUUGUUAGGUGAUUGCUGAGUUAUUGGCAGGUGUAUUGUAUAGACAGGGUUUUUUUUUUCCAAGUAAACUAACACUAUUCCUAAUUUUUAAAUCUUGAAAUUCCUGACACUUGACCAUUAACCUUACUUUUGCUUGUUUCAUCAGUUUUACUACUUUUCCCAAACUACUAUGAUUCAUUUUUAAUGGAGUUCUAAUGCCUAAAAAGCACUAUAUGUUAUGUAAAUUUGAAAGGGCUAAUAAAAAUCAAAUGGGCACUUGAGAAGAGUCCUCUUGAGAAGCAUAUUGGCU